CAGCCAUGGCAGCUGCUCACGAUCACAUGCAGCCGGGUCCUGAAAGACCGGCGCUACUUUUUUUACAGCAUGACCAUAUCUCUCAGGAUGUCUGGGAUGGCACGGGAUCUGACGAGGGAUUUCUGUCUCGCGCUAGCUGUACGACUAGAAGGAGCGCUGUUCUGCCGUUCGCUAGGUUGGACCACCGUAUUCGGUCGAUGAUCGAGCCUACUGGAUUUGCAGGCUGUUUUGCUAUGCGUCACUACAGCGUCGACAUGCAGCUGAUCACAGCCCUUGUGGAGAGGUGGAGGCCGGAGACCCACACUUUUCACUUACCCGGCGGAGAGUGCACGGUUACACUACAGGACGUGGCCAUUCAGACCGGAUUACCAGUAGACGGUCAUGCUGUUACAGGAGGUAUUGUACAUGAUUGGGCUGCAGUGGCAGAGAGGGUUUUGGGGAUUCCUGCGUGCAGCCAGGGAAUUAAUUCCCUGGCUGCACAAACAAACCGCGUAACACUUACGCGGUUUGCCACGUUGGCAAUGCAAACCGCGUAA